AAUCGUGGAAACCUGCCCAAUUUACCUACCUUCUUAAAACUGACUCCUAUAACCCAGUCAGUGACAAAGGCCAACGUCUAAAAUAAAGGUUCAAGAUGUCGUUCGAGUUUUAUCUGGAUGCCGAAGUCCGCUCGAAACGCCGCAUUCGCAACUGGUACUACAACAACUUGCAGAGAGUGUUGGAACAGGCCAAGGAGAACCAGGCUCGGGAUAUAGACACUUCUAUUGCUAUGGCCAAGGAACUCAAAGCGAUCUUGGAUGAACCCCGUGACAAACCUCGUGAAGUGCCCCCUCACGACGUGAUCCCACAGGAGAAGGCCGAAAUGAUGAAGCCUGUUGAGCCAGAAGUGCUGGACAUCCUGUACGGUAGCUCGGAGAAGUAUGCGGACCGGCGGUACCUCAAGGCCAGGAACAGGAAGGCACCAGAAGACAAAUAUUACUUCCGCGUGGUAUCGAGCUGGGACUACGGCUGGCAGCAGAAGUCGAGCCGCUUGCCCGUGAAGGAUGUCCACCACGGCCGCUGUGCGCUCUUGAGAGAAACGUUUUACAGGAAGAAUAACCUCAAGCCCGACCCGCCGACAUACGCACAGCCGGUCGGCGGGGAGUUCUCAGUGUGCACGCAAUACUCGUGCUACGCUAACUAGACGUAGGUAUAAACGUUCCACAUG